AUGUGGCUACUCUGCCUGAGCUUCUGUUUGGCCAUCACUCAAGCAAAAAUCUACAACCAUCUUUUCGAGACGUUGUUGGGCAGGUACAACCGACUGGUGCGACCAGCAGUGGAUGCGAACGAUACAAUUCGUAUCGAGUUCAAAUUGAAGUUAAGUCAAAUUGUUGAUGUUCACGCCAAACAUCAGACGCUUACCGCUAAUGGAUGGCUGAUUCAUCACUGGUAUGAUCAUCGAUUAUCAUGGAAACCAGAAGACUACGGUGGAAUCAAAAAUUUUUACGUACCUGGUGAGAUCAUAUGGCUACCGGAUAUUAUCCUCUACAACAAUGCACACGGUAGCCCGUGGGUUUCAGCUAUCACCAAAGCACAUGUUUAUUACGACGGGAGAGUGCUGCUCUCGGAUGACGUAAAAUAUGUGGUUCGGAAGAACGAGAGCGAAUGGGAUGUGGAGCGGGGAGUGGACGUUUCCGCCUUCCAGGAGUCGGUGGAAUGGGAUCUGCUCUCCGUUCUUGGUACUCGCCACGAGAAAUGGUAUCCUUGCUGUGCGAUUAUCCGGCACAUUUCUGAGUUGAUGCAGCACGCGUGGCGCGUCUCUAGCAAAGUUGAUCAACACCGAGUACUCAAUCCUUCUAUCACUUCUCGCAAAAUGUUUAUUUAUGUUCCUGGAUCUUCCAGAUCAAUCGAUAUAACAUACUACUUACAAAUUCGUCGCAAGAAACUCUUCUAUACGGUGCAUUUGAUCGUGCCGUGCGCUUCAUUGGCUGCCCUCACCUCUUGGGUGUUCUAUCUGCCAUGUGAAAGCCAUCAGAAAGUCCAACUCUGCAUUUCCGUCCUGGUCUCGCUUACCGUCUUCUUUUUGCUACUGGUUGAAAUCAUACCGCCGACAAGCAUCGUCUUGCCGCUCAUCGUCAAAUAUCUUACUUUCACAAUGUUUAUGGUCUCAUUAUCGGUUGCUCUAACCGUGUUUGUAAUAAUUAUGCAGUUUAGGUGCAAAACAUUCACUUUCGUACCGCCAAUUUUCCCAAUUUCGGAUCGAAUUCGGCGAAUUUUUAUCGAUACGCUCGGGCGGAAGCUACUUCUUGUCAGAGCCACCGAAGAGGCAAAUUUUCAUCGGAAAGCGCAACAUAGCAAGCAAAUCAGCGCCUUAUCGGCCAUGUCGAUUCUGCAGAAGCAAUUCCAUAAGACCGUGUUCGAAAUUGAAAUGGCUACGAAAGCCAAGAAACCGAUGUCAACAGUGAAUUCAUUGUUUCUCGAGCUUCCAAUGAUGAAUCGUUCAAUGAGCGUAAAGCCUGCUGCUGGUGCUUCACCCUCGAAGUUGAACAAGUAUGAUUCUUACUCUAUUGAUUGA